AUGGUAAGACUGAAUCUCAACAAGGUUGAGGGCGCUCUCGAAGAUGCAAAUAAAUGCAUAGAGCUGGACCCCAAGUUUGUGAAGGCUUACCACCGGAAAGCCCAGGCGCUGGUUCGCCUCUCGGAGUGGGAUGAUGCUAUCAAGGCAGCAGAGGAGGGUGCAAAGCUGGAGCCUGACAACAAGGCCUUCCCAGAGCUUAUCGAGAAGGCACAGAAGGACCGGGAGAAGGACGCAGCCGACAAGGCGCGGCUCAAGGCUGAUGCCCAGGAUGUUCGUGUCGAGCUUCACAACGCCUCCACCGCACGUGCCCCUCCGAAGCCCAAGGACAAUGCAGACAAGGAGAACGAGAGCAGCGAGUUUCGCGGCUAUAAGAAGACGGCCGAUGGAAGGACCACCUCUUAUUUCCACACAGACAUCAGCGAAGAGGCGAAGAAACUUAUUGAGGCGCAAGGCUUCGGAAAGCCUCAGAAACUGGAUGCCCCUGUGGAGGCUGGUGACAUCAAGGGAGGCGGCAGCCAGUGGAACCAGGCUGGUACCUAUGAAGAGAAAGGCAUGACGAAGUGGCUUGAGGAUCGCUUGAAGAGUGGUCUCAUUGGCCUCAAGUUCAAUCUGCCGCAUAGUGACGGAAGCAUCUCAGCCACCGGUGUGGCGGAGUUGAAGGGUGACUGCUCCAUCUCCGUGUCCAGAGGGAAACGAAGGCACCUUAUGGAUGUCUCCUUCAAUGUGGAGUACGAAGCGAAGGUGGGCAGCUCUUCAGGUACUGGCAAACUCGCCUUCACGGAGGUCACAAGCGAUGGUGACGAUCCAGAGGUCAAGAACGAGCCCGCGUCCGAUGUGCCGCCAGCAAUUCGGGAGGUUCUGGAUGCCUUCGUUAAGCCCGCUGGCCAGGGACUGCAGCCCCUCGUGCUGGCAGAAAUCAGAAAAACCAUCGAGGAGUACAAGGGCAAGUGA